AUGCCCCGCCCUCGGCAUAACACGACAGCCUUGCCUCGCGAUCUACGAUCCGAGCUCGGAAUCCGCGACGUCUACGGUGACAAGAAGCGUCGCCUGAACGGACCUGCCUCGCGCAAAGAACGCCGCCAAAAUGAGCGUACGCAGAAGAAAUCCCGACACGCAGCCCCACAGCACAAGAAGACAUUCGAGCGUCCUCAGCAGCGAUCUCAGCAAAAGCCUCAGCAGCAGGCUCAAGAUGACAGCGAUGAGGAAGACGGCAUGGAUCUCGACGAGGGACCCAGUGCGCCGCAAAUUAAGUCUAAAUCCACGAAAGAGGCCGCGAAGAAGCCCAAAUCUAUCCUGAAGAAAGCAGCAGUUGAACAAGACUCCGAGUCUGAAUCUGAGUCAGAGCCCGAGUCCGGUUUCGGGUCAGAAAUCGACCUCAAUGAGGAUGAGGAUGAGGAUGAAGAUGAUGAGUCGGACGACGACGCCUACGAGGAUGAACCCGAGGAUGAGCCCGAAGAAACUGAGGCCCACAUCCCAGGAUCGGUCAAGUCUAAGUUGGCGCAAGACGAUGCCGAGAUUGCUGCAUUGGAGAAAAAGCUUGGCCUCAAGAAAGGAGGCAAACUAUCAAAGGCCUUUGAGGAGGAUGGACUGGAAGAUUUGCUGGGAGACCUUGGUGGUGGUGGAGGUGAUGGCUCGGAGGAUGAGAGUAAAAAGCGCAAGCGAGAAGCUGAUGAUUGGCUACGAAACAAGAGGCUCAAGGCCAAGAGCUUGCAAGCCCAACAAGCUCAACAACUCGAAAAUGAUGAUAGUGAAAUGGAUAGCGCCGAGGAUCUCGAUCUCGACGAGGAAAUCUUUGGCGGUGAUGAUUCUGACGAGGCCGCCGAAGGCAGUGAUUUUGACGGUUUCGACGAAGAAGAGCGCAAAGUGCCAAAACAGAAGGAAAAUCCUUAUAUCGCCCCGGUCACGAAACCUGAACCCACUGCUCAGAAGUACAUUCCACCUUCAUUGCGAGGUCGCUCCGACUCGGAAAGCGAAUCUCUUACUCGUCUCAAGCGCCAGGCCCAGGGACAUCUCAACAAGUUGUCCGAGGCCAACAUGCUUUCGAUUGUUGCCGAAUUCGAAAAGCUGUACCGCGAUUACCCGCGUCAACAUGUUACAUCUACUUUGAUCAGCCUACUAAUGGGCCUAAUUUGUGAGAGGGCUGCCCUUCAGGACACCUUCCUCAUUUUGCAUGCAGGUUUCAUUGCGGCAUUGUAUAAGCUCAUGGGCAUGGACGUCGGCGCGGAAAUUAUCCAAACAGUCGUCGAAACAUUGGAUGCUGAUGGUGACGAGCGUGGAAAGUUCCAAGGCAAAGAAGCUACCAACUUGGUCUCUCUUCUCUCGCAACUUUACAACUUCCACGUCAUCGGUUCUUCCUUGAUGUUUGACUACGUCCGUCUUUACGUGCAGGACAUCAAUGAAGCAAACACCGAACUCUUGCUGAAGGUCAUCCGGAAUUCUGGCCCUCAACUCCGACUCGAUGACCCGUCUGCACUCAAGGAUAUUGUAUUGCUCAUUCAGCCCGCCGUCGCAAAAGUUGGCGAGGACAGUCUCUCUGUUCGCACAAAGUUCAUGAUUGACCUGAUUACGGAUUUGAAGAACAACCGUUCGAAAGCUUCAGCCGCAGCUGGCGCAGGUAUCACCACAGAACACAUUACCAAAAUGCGCAAGAUUUUGGGUUCUUUGAACAGCUCUCGGGUGAUCCGCGCAUCUGAACCUAUUAACAUCUCCCGUGACGAUAUCCACAAUUCCUCCAAGAAGGGCAAGUGGUGGUUGGUCGGCGCAAGCUGGAAGGAAGAUCCUCUUGUAACAGCACAAAAAGAAAUGGCUGGCGUACAAAUGACUCAACCUGGGGUCCAAGAUGAUGAAAGCGAUGGUGAGCCUGACUUUGGAGUUCUCGCUCGAGCCCACCGCAUGAACACAGACGUUCGUCGGUCGAUCUUCGUUGCCAUAAUGUCUGCCAACGACUUCCAAGAUGCACAUGUCCGACUCAUGAAGCUUCGCCUCAAGCGGGCGCAGGAGUUUGAAAUCCCUCGUGUCCUCCUACACUGUGCCAUGGAGGAGCAGGUCCACAACCCAUACUAUUCUCUGAUUGCGCGUCGGAUUUGUGGUGAGCAGGGUCGUCGCAUCAAGAUGUCCUUCAUGUUUGCACUCUGGAAUGAGUUCAAGAAGAUGGGCGAACGAGGAGAUAUUGACGAGGAUGAAGACAACAACUUCGACCCAGAUGAUGAGGAGAACGGUGUCAGCAUGAAGUCCGUGGUUAACCUGGCCAAGAUGUUCAGCACCCUCAUCGUGGAUGGCAGCUUGACCCUGAGCAUUCUGAAGAAUCUCAACUUUGCAUACCUUCAGCCUAAGACUAAGACAUUUGUCGAAGUCUUAAUCAUCAGUAUCAUUCAGCAAUCCCAAAAGUCCAAGAAGAAGAAGAAGUCCAAGAGCUCGACACCAGAUGAGCCUGCGAAGAAUGAAGGGCCUUUGAUGCAAAUCUUCCUGGGUGUCAAGGAGACACCACACAUUGCCAAAGGCCUUAUCUACUUUGUGCGAAAGGUUGUCGCGAAAAGUGAUAUUGUGUCCUCCGAGGAGCUCAAACUAGUUCGGUGGGGUUGCAAUGUGGCUGCGGAUGCCCUUAAGGCUGUGGCAGAAUAA